AUGAUGUUUAAUAGGGGUUUAGAAUACAGGUGUGGUUUAAGUAAAUCAAUAGAUAGUUUUGGUCUUAUUGAAAAUAAUGGUGUAAAUGAAGACCCAUCUAGUUUAACUGAUAUGGAUAAUAACAUUGAUAGUUGGAAGAACAAUAGUGAAAAUUCUAGUUAUAGCCAUGUUGAUUCUUUAGCAGAUGUCAGCAACAUAGAUAAUUUAUUAUCUCAUAAAAAAAUUUCAGUUAGGGAUAGUAAUAGCAAUAUAUAUGACAUAUAUUAUGCUUAUGAUACUAAUGAUACUAAUAUUACUAAAUAUAAAUGGACUAAUAACAUUAAUCGUUGCAUUGAGAAUAUAAAUGAUAUAUCAGAUACAAAUGAUACAAAUGCGAUAUAUGAUCCAUUUGAUAUAUCCGAUACAAAUGAUACAAAUGAGAUAUAUGAUCCAUUUUUUAUAUUUGAUAUAAAUGAUACAAAUGAUAUAUCAGAUACAAAUGAUACAAAUGGUACAAAUGAUAUAUCAGGUACAAAUGAAUCAAAUGAUAUAUCUGAUACAAAUGAUACAAAUGGUACAAAUGAUAUAUCAGAUACAAAUGAUACAAAUGAUAUAUCAGAUACAAAUGAUACAAAUGAUAUAUAUGGUAUAUACGAUCGAGAUGAUAUAUAUGAGACUAAUAUAAAGGAUAUAUAUGAGAGAUAUAGUGAGAUAUAUCGUAGAAAUAGAGAGAAGAGUACUUUUGUUCCAAUAGAUUAUAGCGAUCCCAAUUGUAUGGAAAAUUUAGCUCGUUUAUGGGUUCAAUGCGAAACUUGCUAUGGACUAAAUUUUAAGCAAUUUUUUCGACCCAAAAUGAAUAUUUGCGAACACUGUGGCGAGCAUUUGAAAAUGAGCAGUUCAGAUAGAAUCGACCUUUCGAUUGAUCGAGAUACUUGGAAUCCUAUGGAUGAAGACAUGGUUUAUGUGGAUCCCAUUAAAUUUAAUUCGAUUAAAGAAUUGGGUUCGGAAGAGGAAUCUUCGAAAGAUCGUCUGGAUGAAGACAUGGUUUCUGUGGAUCCUAUUAAAUUAGAUUCAAUUAAAGAAUUGGGUUCAGAAGAGGAAUCUUCGAAAGAUCGUUUGGAUAAAGACAUGCUUUCUCAGGAUCCCAUUGAAUUGGAUUCAGGAGAAGAAUCUUCGAAAGAUCGUGUGGAUUCGGAAGAGGAAGAAGAGGAAAAAGACCAAUCUUAUAUCGAUCAGGAAGAAAAGGAAAAAGACCAAUCUUAUAUCGAUCGUCUUGAUUCUUAUCAAGAAAAGAUAGGAUUACCGGAGGCGGUUCAAACAGUCAUAGGUCAACUAAAUGGUAUUCCUUUAGCACUAGCUGUUAUAGAUUCUGAGUUUAUAACGGGUAGUAUGGGAUGCGUAAUGGGUGAGAAAAUCACUCGGUUGAUCGAAUAUGCUACCAAUAAACUUUUACCUCUUAUUAUAGUAUGUGCGUCCGGAGGAGCGCGUAUGCAAGAAGGAAGUUUGAGCUUAAUGCAAAUGGCUAAAAUUUCUUCUGCUUUAUAUAAUUAUCAAAUCAAUCAAAAGUUAUUCUAUGUAGCGAUACUUACAUCUCCGACUACUGGUGGGGUAACAGCUAGUUUUGGGAUGUUGGGGAAUAUCAUUAUUGUCGAACCUAAUGCAACCAUUGCAUUUGCGGGUAAAAGAGUAAUUGAACAAUUGUUGAAUAAGGAAGUGCCUGAAGGUUCCCAAUCGGCUGACCUUUUAUUCGACAAGGGCUUAUUGGAUGCAGUCGUACCACGUCAUCUUUUAAAGGAGAUUUUAACUGAGUUAUUUCAGUUCCAUGGUUUCGAUCCUUUGACUGAAAAUUGGACUGAAAAUGAAAACUAAUGCAGACAUUUUAUUUAUGUUUUUCAAAUUUGAUGACGAGAUCAAAUCCGAAUAAAUAAGAGGCUAUGGCUAUGAUACAAAAAU